GUUACGAGCUAAAAAAGGAUUGUAUCUAACAGAUUGAAAUUGAAAUAUAUGUGGUCUGAAAGCAGCGUUAGUUCAUUUUAUAGUGGUUAGGCCGAAAAAGCGUGGAAAUAAGUGAUAAUACUGUCAACAUAGGUAUUUCAACUUUCAAAAACUAAUAAGAACUCAGAAAUCUAUACUUAAUACCCGCAUAAUUCAAGUGGAGUGCUACUGCAUAUGCAGCUAUCAUGAUGACUGUAGCUCAUAGUGUGUUGGCCCCGUAUGUACAGAAACAAGGGGCAGUUGGUGUCUGGGACGAAUACAAAGUAGAAUAAAUAUAGUCUUAACAGUUUUAGAAUGGGAAACCUAUACAACUUGCUCACCGCAUUAACUCUGUUGCCAUUUGUUCAUCACCACCAUAUAAAUACGGCCUUCCUGACGGUUACAAUGUGAACCUUUACAAAUGUGAUGGAGAUAAACGUUUCCGAAAGUUGGGUGGUUUUUCAGCACGAGUGAUGUGUUGUGCUUUUCGAAACGAUGGGAAGAUGAUUAUAGUUGGUGAAGAAGGAGGGACCGUUCGUAUGUGUACAACGGAUAAGAACAAAUUUCACUUGAGAAAAAUUAAGGCUCAUAAAGGUUCUGUCUCAAUGGCUUUAUUUUCCAUGGAUGGCUUACGUGCUGCAAGUCUUGGAUCAGAUGCAAAAGUGCGCAUAUGGGAUGUUACACUUGGCUCUCGUCUUGGUGAAUAUUCUGUCGACGUUGAAAAAGAAGUUGCCCGUGCCAUGACGAUGGGUAGAGAUAACAAUAAUCUUUUAUGCUACGGUGAUCUCAACGGCAACGUCGUUAUUUGCGAUAUCCGUGAGCCAAAGCCUGUCAGUAAAAUAACUGUUCCGGUUGCUGUUUCGGCUCUCUCACUUAACAAAACAGACAAGAUUUUGGCGAUCGCUGCUGGUUCUGUUGUACAGUCUUGGGACUUCUCUGCCAAAAAGUUUCUGAAUUAUGGAGAAAAUCAGAGUCUUCAUCUUCAUUAUAAAGUUAUCACCGGCAUGUUUAUUGAGCACCAUCCGGUCACUAAUGAAGAAGUCCUUUUUUCCGUUUCACUAGACAAGCUGGUAAAGUUUACAGAUCUACAGAAUGGUAAGGAGCUUCAUCAACUUCAGUGUUCCUCUCCUUUGACGGCUGUUGGAGUUACGCCGAAAUGUGAAACUAUUGUGAUAGGAGGAGAACGUGGUUUCGUUAGAAUUAAACACUAUGAUCGAAAACUAAACUCAUCGUUUUCUCAGAGACAGAAUGAAACUGUCCCCAGUGACACAGAAGAACCCUAUAUAAGUUUGUUAUCUGAAUUUUCAAAGCCCAAGAAAAAAGAUCGUUUUAUGCUAAUGACAAUGAAUGAAUGGUCGGAAGUUCCAGUGACUGGUUCACGUCGUGCACCUAAAGAUUGGUUUUCAACCGAUGAGGUCAACAAAGUCUCAAAACCAGUUGUUCCACUGGUUCAUCAGCAAACUGAAAUAUCUCUCAGUAGUCGAUCGUUUUAUGCUCAUACUUUGACGAAUACAUCUAGUCGUGUGGACACGUUAUUGAGACGUUUCAAUCAUUCACGCGCUCUCACUUUAGCUCUAACUUGCCAGUCUUGGAUGCGACGAUCAAAGAAAACAGCUCCUCCAGAUCCUCGGUAUUGUCUCAACAUGUCACUUGCCGUCAUACGUGAAUUAAUAAGGAGAGACACGUUAACAGCAGCGGUUGCAGGGAGAGACAAUCAUCAGCUGGAAUAUAUUUUCAGAUUUAUAUACAAUAACGUCUGGAAUAAGGAUGCUGCUGCAGUGUGCUUGGAAUUAUAUCAUUGUAUCCUGAAUACUUAUACAAGUGAAGAACUAAUGGAGAUUACUGGGUUUAGAAAAGUCAACAGACUGCUCGAACUGACAGCUUCGAAUUUGUUUAGUUUGAGGAGAAUUGUAGAUACUAUCACUUGUCAGUCGCAUGGUCUUACUGAGUCGAAUAAUAAAGAUGUAACAGAAGAUAUUCACAGCUUUCCACCUUCUAAUAUCAAAGAGUCAUCAGAAAGUGAACAUUUCAUCACGCCAGCUAAGAAACGUGCUAAAACUGAAUCUGUUUAGCUAAUGUUUCUAUUGUACACAGUGCAGAUAAAAAAAUUUUCUG